CUAGUUCAUCUGCUACUACAAUAUCUGCUAAUGUCAAUUCAAUUCCCAUACUUAAUGGAACAAACUUCAAGGAUUGGAAAGAGAACAUAUUGAUUGUUCUUGGCUGCUUGGAUCUUGACCUUGCACUUCGGGUUGAGGAACCCACUCCUCUUACGGAAGAAAGUUCUCCUGAUGAAAAGAGGGACUUUGAGAGGUGGGCUCGCUCAAAUCGCAUGAGUCAAAUGAUCAUUAAGCACGGCAUUCCGGAAGCCUUUAGAGAUGCAGUAUCCGAAGGGAUAACUAAUGCCAAGGAGUUCCUUGUCGAAAUUGAGAAGCGUUUUGUGAAAAACGAUAAGGCUGAAACAAGCACGCUUUUGCAAAGCUUGAUUUCAAUGAAGUACAAGGGCAAGGGAAAUUUAAGGGAGUACAUCAGGGAGAUGUCUCAUAUUGCUUCAAAACUUAAAGGUCUAAAGCUCGAGCUAUCUGAUGACUUGCUCGUUCAUUUGAAGGAGAAAUGGUCUUUAAAUGAGCUCAUUUCAUAUUGUGUGCAAGAGAAAGAAAGGUUGAAGCAAGAAAGAAUUGAAAGUGCUCACUUGGUAAGCACUUCUAAGGAUAAGGGCAAGAAAAAGAAGAAGGAAUAUGAAGCUGCUCCUAAGGGUCCAGCACAAAAGAAAUGA